AUGAACAGAGGCCGUGGUUGCUUGGCAUGCAAAACUGCAAACGUCAAGCCUCCGGCCUGCGGACGCUGUACUCGGCAGGGAUUGGUUUUCUCUGGCCUUCCGCUAGAUGCUGUAUUCGUGUUUCGCGACGAGAAUGAGGUGGCCAGGAGAAACUCCCAGCGUGCAAGGAGACAACUGGGACAGAGUUUCAUUAGAGAAGGGGAAUCUUCAGACCUGGUCAAUUCCGCUUCGCAAAGCUGGCCAUAUCAAGCGGCUAUGACGGUCGGCUCGUCACGUCUACAACAACAAUACUCGUGGCUUAACGAUUAUGCACUGGCAACAGUACCGGAGCCGUUGAAGAGAGAUGUUGAGACGAGAGCCGUAGAACGGUUCUUUGUUAAUUGGACGUUACAUCCCAGCAACCACGGAGGGUUACCAGGCUAUAUGCAUGAGCUUCCUAUACUUUUUUUAAGCGUACAACAAGAUUCUGUCCUUUGGCUUGCGGUUCGCGCAGUGGCUUUUGCAGGGAUAAGAAAUGAGAGUGCUGGAAAUGUCUCAUUUCACACCAAGUCACGACAGCAUUACGGCGCUGCGUUGAAUCGAAUGAGAACAUUAAUAUAUCUGGGUCGAAAUGAUCCCUUUAGUCCCCAUGGUGAGGCUAUCAAACAUAUUUUGCGCUCUAGAGAUGAUGGGCAGUUGUACAGUCCGAGCCGCUUUUCGCUUUGGCGUUUGACUCACUAUCGACUUCAAUUUUGGCAAACCUUGUUCUGUGAACACCCUGAUGCUCAGCAAAUCGCAUGGGUCAGCAAAUUAAACAUGGACCACCCAGAUUUGCGUAUCUGCUCCUACGUUCUACAUAUGAAUAUUCUUACUGCGCUGGCAAAAUCUCUCGUGCAUACAAGCGAGAACGAUGCGACGAUGCGACGAGAGAAGCUCUGCCGAAUAACUCAACUUGCUAAAGAGAUGCAAGAACUUAUUUCAGCUAUCGAGCAAUGGAUGUCGGAAAUGUCAGAGCCAUGGAAAGCUAAAAACCACGACUUCCAGAAUAAUAUAGUUUCCGGAGAUGUUGAUGAAGCUUAUAUCUGGAACUUCCACGCGUCAAGCCAGAUUAUAUUGCGAGAGUCAUUAGUAGAAACCAUUGAGCGUGCCUUUGUACUACAAGGGAGAGACGAACUCGAUGAACAUGACAAAUCAGUUACACAGAAGCAGCGAGAACAGGUCGACAGUUUAGCUGCUACAAUUUUAGAAUCAUUUCCUCAGCUUUUGGGGUUUACGUACAAGUAUCAAAAAGCUGGACAACCGCAAAUUUUUCUACAGGGAAGGAUGGUUGGACGACUCUUCGCCCUUUUCUCCAUGUGGGUAGUACAAAAGGCCAAAUUUACAUCGGCCCAGCAAAAGCAGACUGCGUCCGAAGUAGUGUCCUGGGUUAAUAACCGUCACGGGUUAGAUUAG